ACUGGCUCCCCAUGUGAUAAGAAUGUAAACGAAGGUAUUUGGAUUCAUUUAGGCUCAGAUAGUUUUAGAGAAAUUGAGCGUUAAGUCUUUAAAUGCCCCCCGGCGCCCAAAUGGGUCCGAACAUGUCUGCUUCGUUCGUGUGUGUUUACGGUGAAGAGCGACACGCGACCCGCGCACACGCGACCUGGACGUAAACAAAGUGAGUCACGUGGUAGAGGUCCGCAGGAAGCGCAGCAGAGUCGCUCCUCCCCGGUGAGCGGGAUGCUUUGUUGUGGUGUAACUUACAGAUUCAGCGUUUGUAGCUGAGAAUGCUGUCGGACACAACGUGAACUGUUGCUGGCGUAUCUCGGUAGAACGGCACUGCAGCGAGAAAGCGCCGGUGCUAUGGCGUGUCCUACGGAGAGCGAAGUGCGGGUGGUCGGGCCCUGUGAGUCGGGCGCUGAGGGUGUAAGAGCACAGGCCCGAGCAACCAGUCGGCAGGAUCAGCCUUGCCCAGGGGCCCUGACAGGUUCCCCGGCGACUGUAAUGGUGGAGUCGGUGGACGAUGCGGAGGGGCUGUAUGUGGCUGUGGAGAGAUGUCCUCUGUGUAACACUGCAAGGCGCAGGCUAACCUGUGCCCGGUGUAUCAGAGCUGGAGACUUCGUGUACUUCGACGGUAAAAAUCCCGAAAGAUACACAGAGAAACUGGAAAGGCUUCAGAAAAUGAAGAAGGAAAAGGAGAUCCUUCAGCAAAGGGUAAUCAAAACCAUGGAUAAGAAGGUUCAGGCAGACCAGCUUAAAUGGAAGAUUAUGUCAUGUAAGAUGAAGAUUGAGCAACUAAAAGAGGCAAUUUGCAGUGGGAAUGAAGAAGUGAAGAGUGGCAAAGAUCUGUUACUUCGCUCUCGGGAAGAAGGUCAGAGAUUGCAGCGCCGGGCGAUUCGCCACCAAGAAAAGAGGGAUAGGCUAGAGCGUCAUAACCGUCGCCUGAGCGAGCUGUUAGAGAAAAGGAAUAAAGAGCUGCAGAAUAGACUGGAGGCUCUGGCUGAGGUGCGGCGGGAUCACAUUCUGGAACUCACCACGUACAUCUUCCCCACACAGGAGGAGAAGCAGGGCAGCAGAGACCCGGCUGAAACUGCUGUAGCAGAGUACGACUUUACCCUCACAUCCAGCACUGUGAGUGAGUUAGCUGAGGCCCGGCGAACAACAUACAUGUCUGGUCGUUGGAUCUGGGAUGAUCAGAAUGGAGAGACAAGCAUCAGCAUCACUGGGUCCCAUGUCACGCUGCCCAGUAAUGGAGACUGCUCAGCCUAUUAUAACUGGGUAGAGGAGAAAAGCACUAAUUCUGGCCCAGAGCUGGAUCACAUCACUCCAGCGCACACCAUUAGCGCAGCCCUCUGCUACGCUACUCAACUUGUUAACAUUCUUUCUCAUAUUUUGGAUGUCAGUCUGCCCAAAAAGCUGUGUAACAGUGAGUUCUGUGGUGAUAAUUUGAGUUGCUACAGAUUUACUCGUGCUGUUAACAAACUCAAUGCCAACAUCCUAUAUGUCUGCUUCUCCCAGCAUGUAGACAGUGAGCUACUCCAUCCCCACCACACACUGAGAAAUAUCAUGUUUCUGGUCUCCCCUGAGAACAAGAACCUUGGCAGGACUGGACCAUUUGAAGUAAGUGCAGACUUGGAGGACUCUAUGGAAUUUUUGGAGCCUGAGGCAUCAGGCACGGCAGAAGAGAGUGGAGAUGAAGCCGUAACAGAUGAAGAGACAGACUUGGGUACAGACUGGGAAACUGUCCCUAGUCCCCGUUUCUGUGACAUCCCCUCUCAGCCCAUGGAUCUGUCUCAGAGCACAGCCUUGCAGGUCUCACAACCAGUAGGAAAUGCAGGAGGCAUGAUCUCCUCUGCUGCUGCGUCAGUCAGCUCCUGGUUCCUUACCUACACGGGCCAGCGCUGAGGCUAGGCUGGAGUGUAUAGACUGCUGUAGCUAUGCAAACAAACUUUGUUCUCUUAAAUCUUAGUGAUCACUUGAUUGCAUGUCAGGAAUGUGUGUGAUAGAGAAUGCAAUUUCUAAUCUUUUUAAAAUGUAGAAACAAGAUCUGGUGAAAUGUUAAAGCACCUGAUCUUUUGAAGCUUGUACAUGGUAGGAUUUACACUACUAUCUAGUCAGUAAUGUUUUGUUUUUUUGUCCUUUAAAACUUGUCUAUAUUGAGGAAGAUUAACAAAAGGAUUAUUUUAUGAGGAAUAAUUUCUGAAUUAAGAGCAUGAUGCUUGACUUGAAUGGAUCUGAUUUGCUUGGAUAUGUUUAUUGAAUCUAGCAUCAUCAUCACCUUUAUAGCAAGUUGGUUAUUACACCAUGUUUUUAAAGUGAUAACGAUAAUUAGUACAGCUGGUUUAACAGUACAAACUGUGUGAAAUUCACCACUGGUAGUCUAGAUUGAGUUCAGGCUUUGGUUUGCUUAAAAAUGAAAGCGCACCUUUUCACCAGCUAUUUAAAACCCCCCUUUGUAUCUUGCAACUACAUAAAGUGUCUUAGUUUAUGAAUAAACCAAUGACCAUGUUGAA